AUGUCUAUUUUAUCAGUGUGCUGUCAUGCUCGUCAUACCCAGACAGUCACAUCGAAGUUAGGUCAGAAUGCGCUUAUCAGAUCGAUUAGAGGAGUUAGAGGUAUAAAGACAAGAAAUGGACCAAAACAAGUACAUUUGAAUACAGCACCAAUUGAGUUUACUCCCAAUAUUACCCAGGAAUUCAGUCCGAAGGAGAAUGGUAUCGCUGAAAGUGCUAGAAAGGCAUUAAGUUGCACAACAGAAGUCAGUGAAAAGUCUCAUAUACCAUUUGAAGUCAAGGCAGUGGAUCCAGAAUUAAGGAAAGCUCAACGAAAAGCGAUUGCAAGGAAUCGUAGUCUAUUGUUGCAGUGUAAAAAAGUCAUGAACCCUUACAUUCAAUUGACUAAACCUCGUUUAACAGUGCUAGUCAUGUUAAGUGCCAUUUGCUCAUACGCGAUAUCACCAUAUGCAGCAUCAGUAAGUCAGCUACUGAGUCUCACAGUGGGGACUACACUUUGUUCAGCAUCUGCUAAUGCCAUUAAUAUGGGGAGAGAACCUGAAUUUGAUAGACAAAUGGUAAGAACUCAAGCAAGACCUGUUGUUAGAGGAUUAACUACACCUGCACAGGCUUAUAAAUUUGCCGCUGUAUGUGGAACGGUUGGUGGUUCAGUGCUAUGGGCUGGUGUGAACCCUACAGUAGCUUUGUUAGGAAUUUCCAACAUUGCACUUUACGCCUGGAUCUACACAUCUUUAAAGAGGAAACACAUUAUCAAUACUUGGGCAGGUGCCCUCGUCGGGGCCAUUCCACCACUUAUGGGAUGGGCCGCAGCUAGUCCCUUAACAGACCCCGGUGCCUGGUGUAUUGCUGGGUUGUUGUACGCUUGGCAGUUCCCUCAUUUUAACACUUUAAGCCAUAACAUUCGAAAUGAAUAUAGGAAUGCAGGUUAUGUGAUGACAGCUUGGAAAAAUCCACUUUUGAAUGCACGUGUGGCUUUACGGUAUUCUCUAUUAAUGUUCCCAAUUUGCUUUGGGUUUUCUUACUUUGGUGUAACCGAUUGGAUGUACCAACUUGAUUCCAGUAUAAUCAAUGCUUGGAUGUCAUAUUGGGCAUUGAGAUUUUAUUGGCAACAAAAGAAAAAUUAUUCUUCAAGAGACUUCAGUGAUAAGGCUAAAUAUAAUAAAGGUUUAGCAAUUGCCAACGGAUUUGCCAAAAAGACAUUUUUGGUAAGUGUUCUCCAUUUACCUGCAGUUUUAAUCUUAGCCAUUCUACACAAAAAAGGUCGUUGGGAUUGGAUAUUUGAGAACGAAGACGGUAAACUUAGAGCUUGA